AUGGGCUUGAAGAAGUCGGAAAUGGUGCCGGUGUCGGACGACGUGUUGGAGCCGAGGAUGACCAGAUGGUGGAGAAACUCGAGGAAGAACCUCCAGAAGACACGGCGGAAUCCGCGGGAAAAUAUCACCAAGACAUACGAGUCGACAAGUCUAAUUGGACGAGAAGGAAACACGCUUCAAUUAAACGGCGAGUGGUUGUUGCGCGGGGAGAGGAGUGAGGACCAAUGGGAGCGAGGGGCGGAGCCUCGUCAGCCAAUGGCGGUGGAGAGGGGUGAUGACGUAGACACGGUCCUUGAAGGUUGCAGAGGACAUAACACUCGUGUCCAAGUACCAAGCUGUAACCCUCGACGACUUCCAUGUUCCUGGGAGGUUGUUGGUCUGUUCGUAGACGCGGAACUGGAGUCUCCAGAGGUGCGGAGUUCAAAGGUCCUCCAGGAUCCUUGGAAUUGGAAGUUCCGGCAAUAUGGAACUGAAAUUGAAGUUACACAGUCAAAUAUUGAACUUCACACAGAUUCAGUAGAAAGUGAAUUAGAAAUUCGAUGGCAGUUAGAAGAAAUAUAUAGAGAGAUAAGAAUAUUCCUUGAAGCAGAAAAGAAAAAGUACAUUACACAGGCAGCAAUGUCUGCUUCUGCAACAUCUCAAAAUGUAUCUAAUAUUCCUUUCCAGCCGUAUACACCAGAGGAAAGUUUUCAAAACUUCACUCGACGCUUUGAAAACUACACAAAAUUACGGGGAAACUUAAGUCCAAAAGUCAAAGUGGAUUUAUUUUUACAGGCAAUCACCCCACAAAUACAUGAACAGCUAUACGAUCUUUGCAUACCAGAUGACCCACACAACAAGCCAUAUGAGGAAUUGAUUCACAUGUUAAUGGCUCAACUAGAACCAAAACCCAGUAUUUGGGCUCGUCAGCACAAAUUUACGACACGUACCCAAUUAUGUAAUGAAUCUGUACAAGCUUACGCUAAUGCUCUUAGAAAGCUCAGUGUAGAAUGUCAGUUUACUUGUACAAGUUGUAAUGAAUCCGUGUCUGAAAUUCUACUUCGAAUGCAGUUUGUCAGGGGACUAAAAGACUCUGAUAUACGUCUUCAACUUCUUCAAGAUAAACUAUUGCAACCGUUUAAAGAAGUAGUCGAAAAGGCUGCUACAUUGGAACUAGCUAAAAGUGAGAGCAGAAUACUAAAGACAAAUGAAAAUCAAGAGGAAGUACACCAAGUAUCGAGCAAGAACAAACAACCAGAUAGUAAGUCAAGUAAACAACUCUCUGGGUAUCAAUCUCGUUUGGAGAAACUGAGGAACAAAUGCUAUAGAUGUGGUGAUGAUUCACAUAGAGCGCAUCAAUGUAAGUUCAAAAAUGCAGAAUGCAACUCUUGUAAACGUUUUGGUCACUUAGAAAGAGUAUGUCUAAGAAAACCAAACAAAGAAGUAAAACAAUCUGAUGAAACCGCAGAAAAUACAAGCGAUGACACUCAUGAAAUUUACCAACUUAAUUCAAAAUCAAAUGACAAGUUUAUGCUCGAGGUAAAAGUGGAAGGACGACUCAUGACAAUGGAAUUAGAUACAGGAGCGGCUCUUAGCAUUGUAUCAUAUGAUACAUUUAGGCUUUUAAACUCUUCAAAAAGGAUUUUCAAGACAAAUGUUCAACUCAAGACAUACACUGGGGAAAUAAUCAAUCCAAAAGGAGUUGUUUUUGUAAAUGUUCAGUAUAAAGAUCAAAGUUUUGUUGGAAAACUGUACAUUGUUAACAAGUGUGUAGACUCUAUAUUCGGAAGAGAAUGGAUAAGAGAGAUUCAACUCGAUGCAGCUGACAUACAUUCAUUGAAUUCGAGUGAAGAAAACGAAAACAUUCAAGAACUAGAUGAUUUGAUGAUUCGAUAUGAAGACAUUUUCAAAGAAGGCAUUGGGAAAAUACCAAACGAAAAGGGUCAUUUUAAUGUCAAAGACGAAACCCAGCCAAUUUACAUCAAACCUAGACACAUGCCAUAUGCAUUACAAGAAAAAGUAGAGAAAGAACUUGAAAGACUGGAGAAUUUGGGUAUAAUCACUCGUGUCGAAUCAUCCGAUUGGGGGACACCCAUUGUGCCGGUUGUCAAACCCAAUGGUUCAGUCAGAAUAUGUGCUGACUACAAGGUGACUUUGAACAAAGUUAUUAAAGGCGAACAUUACCCUAUACCUAGGAUCGAUGAUAUCAUGUCAAAGAUGCAUUGUGGAAAGAUAUUUUGUACUCUUGAUAUCAGCAACGCAUACUUGCACAUGGAGAUGGACGAAGACAGUGCCAUCAUGCAAACAAUCAGUACUCAUAAAGGGCUGUUUAAAGUGAACAGAUUAAUGUUUGGAGUAAAAGUGGCACCCUUGUUAUGGCAAAGAUUCAUGGACAAAACAUUACAUAGCUUAGAAGGCGUACAAUGUUUCUUUGACGACGUAAUUGUCCAAAGAUCUAACAGGGAACAGCUUCUUCGCCGACUGGAACAGGUGUUUGAACGACUGAAGUUAAAUGGUUUGAGGCUAAAUAGGGAAAAGUGUAAGUUUUUCCAGACCAAAAUUGAGUAUUUAGGUCAUGUAAUCGAUAGCAACGGACUACACAAGUCAGAUGCUAAAAUACAGAGCAUUUUAAAAUGUAAAAGACCAGAGAACGUAACUGAACUCCGAACUUUCCUAGGCCUUGCGAAUUAUUACAACAAAUUCAUAAAGAACUUGGCUACACUACUACAUCCUUUGAAUCAGCUGCUACGAAAAGGAAACACCUUUAAAUGGAGCUCUGCUUGUGAACAGAGUUUUCUGAAGAUUAAGGAAAUUAUUACAAGUGAUGACGUGUUGGUACAUUUUGAUCCUAGCUUGCCACUGGUCUUAGCUACUGAUGCUUCACCGGUAGGUGUGGGAGCCGUUCUUUCACACCGCUAUAGGGAUGGAACGGACAGGCCAAUUGCCUUCGCCUCUCGAUCCUUGUCAAAAUCUGAACAAAAAUACUCUCAAAUCGAUAAGGAAGCCUUGGGAAUAUAUUGGGGCCUGAAAAAGUUUUUCCCGUUUUGUUAUGGCCGCAAAUUUACUUUGAUCACAGAUCACAAACCCCUAGUGUCAAUUUUUAAUCCAGAAAAGACCUUGCCAACAAUCUCGGCAACACGGAUAUUCAACUAUGCUCACUUUCUCUCCGGGUUCGACUAUGACAUAGAGUACAGGCAAACCGCUCAUCAUUGCAAUGCAGAUUAUCUUUCACGUUUCCCUAUCGAAGUUGUUCAAGAACAUUCUGUAGAUGACCUCUCGAAGUACCACAUAAAUCAACUGGAAACACUCAAUAUCAACAGUGCCGUGGUGGCUAAGGAAACUCUCAACGAUGCUGUUUUAGGUCCAGUCCUACAGGCCUUAAAACCGGGACAAUCUGUUGAACAAUACGGAUUUCACGAUAACGAGCUGUCCAUUCAAGAUGAUUGUGUACUGAAGGGCUGGAGAGUCAUGAUACAUCAAUCUCUCAGACCUCAUGUGCUUCGAGAACUACACGUAGCUCAUUUAGGAGGAAUAAAAAUGAAGGCUUUAGCUCGCAGUUUUUGCUGGUGGAAAUGUAUAGACAAGGAUAUUGAAGAGAUGGUAGCUGAAUGUCGACAAUGCAUUGAAAAAUGCAACAACCCGAGAAAAACUAUCCAUCCAUGGGAACAACCUUCUAAUCCAUGGGAGAGGGUGCACAUUGAUUUCUUAGGACCAACAGAUGGCCAACAGUACCUGAUAUUAGUGGACGCCUUUAGUAAGUGGGUGGAGGUUAUACAGACUAAAACAACUACAAGUACAUGGACAGUCCAAGAAUUACGGAAAAUCUUCUCAACUUUUGGCUUUCCUCACAUCUUAGUUUCAGAUAAUGGAAGACAGUUUGUUUCUCAAGAGUUCAAAAACUUCAUGAAUGAAUAUGGGAUUAUUCACAGAACAACGGCACCAUACCAUCCAAACUCAAACGGCCAGGCUGAAAGAUACGUACAGACUGUCAAGAAGGCGUUAAAAUCCAUGGAGGGAGAAAAGGGUACACUGCAAAAUAAAAUACAAAGACUCUUAAUGCAACUCAGGCAAUCCCCUAAUUCAACUGGUACAUCAGCAUACCACCUAAUGUUUGGAAGGAGUGUACGAACAAACCUUGCAAUAAUUGUUCCAACAUUAGAACCGAACAAAUAUCAGAAGAAGGGAGUCCAAAUCGGUAUAAAAAGGAAUUUAAAAGUUGGAGAUAAAGUGCAAGCGCGGGAAUAUGUCAAUGGUUCGUCCAAGUGGUGCUCGGGCUAUAUAACUCAAAAGCAAGGACAUGUAAUAUGCUACAACAGAGCGAUGUUGCCCAAGUCUGUGCGACCUUUCACUCGGGAAUGCCUGAGAGAGUCUCGCAACUCCAGAUCACCCGAGACCUUGACCUCUCAACGACGGUCCACGAGGAAGUCGUGA